CGCACACCUCCGCUUCCCCACCCCCCGCCCUCCUCCCGCUGCUGACGUCUGGCUCUGCCCGGCUGAAAACUCCGCUCCGCGGCGGAUGCGGCGGCUCUCGGCAGCGCGGCGCCGGCGAAGAUGGUGGCGGCUCCGUGCGCCCGGCGGCUGGCGAGACGCUCCCGCUCGGCGCUGGUGGCGGCGCUCACCGUGCUGCUGCUGCAGACCCUGCUCGUCUGGAAUUUCACCUCCCUCGACGCCGGCGAGGAGCAGCGCGGCGCAUCCGGCCGCGAGAAGCGGGACCGGGGAGGCACCGCCGCCGGCAGCGAACACCGCGCGCAGCCGCAUCGCCGCGGGGCCGGCGCCGCGCACGGGAAGGCGAUGGAUGGCUAUUUUUCCCACCGACCAAAAGAGAAAACACGAACAGACAGCAAUAACGAGAAUUCAGUCCCCAAGGACUUUGAAAAUAUUGAUAACAGUAACUUUGCUCCCAGGACUCAGAGGCAAAAACACCAGUCUGAGCUGGUGAAAAAGCCCCUUAGCAAGCAAAAGGAGCAUUUGAGAAAGAAACUGGAAGAGGAGAAGGUAAAGGAGAACUCGCUUUUGGGGAAGAGCUCCAACGAGGUGGUACAGUUGAACGAUAAGCCUGGAAAGAACAGCAGCGACAGCAACCUGAAGGACAUGUACACAUCUCCCAGACAGCAGCCUCUGAAAAGAACUGCAGACAGCUCUCCUGAACUGAGGUACGAGCAGCCCCCCAAGUGUGAGGUAACGGGCAAAGAGGCCAUCUCAGCCAUGUCCCGGGCCAAGACUAAGCAGUGUCGACAGGAGAUCGCGGAUGUGUACUGUCAGCACAAGCAUGAAAAGCUGAUGCCGGAGAAGGUGACACGUUUCUGUACGCUGGAGGGAAAAGCCAACAACAAUGUACAGUGGGAUGAGGACUCCGUAGAGUACAUGCCAGCCAAUCCAGUCAGGAUCGCAUUUGUCUUGGUUGUUCAUGGCAGAGCUUCUCGGCAGCUCCAACGCAUGUUUAAGGCUAUUUACCAUAAAGACCAUUUUUAUUACAUUCAUGUUGACAAGCGAUCCAAUUACUUACACCGGCAAGUGCUGCAGUUUGCUAACCAGUACCCAAACGUGAGAGUCACUUCCUGGAGAAUGGCAACUAUCUGGGGAGGAGCGAGUCUUCUGUCCACCUACCUGCAGAGCAUGAGGGACUUAAUGGAGAUGAAUGACUGGCCAUGGGAUUUCUUCAUUAACCUCAGCGCCGCUGACUACCCAAUCAGAACAAACGACCAGCUCGUAGCAUUCCUGUCCAGAUACCGUGACAUGAACUUCUUGAAGUCACACGGGAGGGACAACGCAAGGUUCAUUAGAAAACAGGGUCUGGACCGGCUCUUCCUGGAGUGUGACACACACAUGUGGCGCCUGGGGGACAGGAAGAUCCCCGAGGGCAUCGCGGUGGACGGAGGGUCGGACUGGUUCCUCCUCAACAGGAAGUUUGUGGAGUAUGUCACUUUUUCCAACGAUGACCUCGUAACAAAGAUGAAGAGGUUUUAUUCCUACACGUUGCUGCCUGCUGAGUCUUUCUUUCACACUGUUCUGGAAAAUAGCUUGUACUGUGACUCCAUGGUGGACAACAAUCUGCGCAUCACAAACUGGAACCGUAAGCUUGGUUGCAAGUGUCAGUACAAGCACAUUGUUGACUGGUGUGGCUGUUCGCCCAAUGACUUCAAACCAGCAGACUUCCACAGAUUCCAGACUGCCAGGCCAACUUUCUUUGCCCGCAAAUUUGAAGCUGUGGUGAACCAAGAGAUAAUUGGCCAGUUGGACUAUUACCUGUACGGCAACUACCCACCCGGCACCCCUGGCCUCCGCUCCUACUGGGAGAACGUGUACGACGAGCCCGAUGGGGUGCACACCCUCAGUGACGUCGCGCUCACCAUGUACCAUGCCUUCGUCCGCCUGGGUCUGCGCAGAGCCGAGAGCUCCUUCCACUCUGCUGGGGACAACAGCUGCCGAUACUAUCCCAUGGGCCACCCAGUUUCCGUCCACCUUUACUUCCUUGCUGACCGUUUCCAAGGUUUCCUCAUCAGACACCACGCCACCAACCUGGCUGUCAGUAAGCUGGAGACUCUGGAAACAUGGGUGAUGCCAAAGAAAGUCUUCAAGAUCGCAAGUCCGCCCAGUGAUUUUGGAAGAUUACAGUUCUCAGAGAUUGGCACAGAGUGGGACGCCAAGGAAAGGCUUUUCCGGAAUUUCGGAGGACUCCUCGGGCCGACAGACGAGCCAGUUGGCAUGCAGAAAUGGGGGAAAGGCCCUAACGUCACCGUUACUGUCAUUUGGGUGGAUCCGGUCAACGUCAUAGCAGCGACGUACGAUAUCCUCAUUGAAUCCAGCGCAGAAUUCACUCAUUAUAAACCUCCCUUGAAUCUGCCCCUGAGGCCUGGUGUCUGGACGAUAAAGAUUCUGCACCACUGGGUCCAGGUAGCUGAAACCAAAUUCCUCGUUACGCCUCUCACUUUCUCAAAUCGGCAGCCUAUCAAACAAGAGGAAGCCAUGAAAUAUCACAGCGGGCCUCCAAAGAACGCAUACAUGGAGCAGAGCUUCCAGGGCUUGAACCCUGUCUUAAACAUCCCCGUCAGCGCCGCCCGCCUGGACCAGGCCAAGAGGAACGCGGCGCUGGUGGGCGCUCGGCUGGACGCCUGGGUGGACUCACUGGUUGGCAGCGUCUGGUCGGCCGUGGACAUCUGCAGCACCGGCCCCACCGCCUGCCCCGUCAUGCAGGCCUGCACCCAGACUGCCUGGAGCUCCCUGAGCCCCGACCCCAAGUCCGAGCUGGGCCCCGUCAAACCCGACGGUCGCUUGAGGUAGCAGCCGGUACGCCCUCCUUCGGCAUAGGGUUUUAAAAGGGAAUUGAACCUUGCUCGUACGUGAAUCUCAUGCCAGGUUUCACCUAAGGGAACAUUAUACUUUUUGUUACAUAUUGCAAUGUAAUUAUUUCUUAAAAAAAUAAUCUGACAAGGCCUUUGGCACUGCUCUCUCCAUCAGCUCCAUCGGAGCAGCUUGGUUUGGCCCAGCCAUGUUGGCCUCAAAGCAACAGCAGCAUUGAGCCAUGGAGAGGGCAGUGAGGGAACAGCUGCUAAAAGUGGUGUUUUUUACAAGUAAAUUUGUCUGUACCUCUGCUGUUUCAUAGGCUUUAAUUAUGUUGCUACCAUAAAUAAAUCACAGCAAAAUUCCCUUCUAUUUAUGCUUCCUGGGGAGGUUGGUUACUGCAGGCUGUAUCCCAUAUGGCUGCAUUACCUUGCAGAACGUGAAAUAAUUAUGGUACACCCUCGUUAUUAUUUUUUUCUAUGUAACAUAAAGUAAUUCUGGACACAGCUAAUGUCUGCUGUCAUCCUAGUUAGGGAAUGUGAGCCGAAGCAAGGGACUUCAGGUUACAUUCAGAGAUUUUCAGACCAAUUUCAUUGUAAACUCUACAUGGAACUGGUGUUUUGCAUUAUCAGCUUCUCAUUUCUCAUGUAGUCAGGUUCAGGGUCUGGCUACUUUAAGUAUUAUUUUGAAAGACCAGAAGCAGUUUGGAUUUCAGACCUUUGCAAUGUGCAGGGUCUUUCUAUGCUCACCAGCACUCAGUAUUUUGCAGACUUCCUGCACAGAAGUGUGUGUGUAUCGCUGGGCGUAGAUUGGGCUGUGACUACUCAUGAUUGCUGUUUUUUCUCAGGCAGUGGAGUUGCUCAGUACCAGUAAAGUGGUGGCAUUUGGCCUUUGCAGUUUAGAGUUGGCGAUUAUUUUUAUCGGCAAGAGCGAGAUUGGGACCUAAAUCUGCAGCACCACAUUUCUUCCCUAACUUGAAUAGUGACAAAUAAUUAAGUCUUAACACUAAUUAAUCUCCUCCUUUGGUCUCAGAUCUACUAGCUCUGCAUGAAGAAGGGUAUUUAACAUUUGUCAGGGCACCUGGAAGGCUGAGCUGGAUAUCAGGGCCCCUGACCAAAGCUGGACAUGAAGGAGAGCAACACCCUGCUUCUCAGUGCUCUUGCUUUAUUCUCUCAGCAAACUCUACCCUCCCCUGUCCGUAGAGUUUCUAGCAGGCUGCUUCCUGUUUUGAAAUAGGCAUCUGUUGCAUCAUUUUUAACUGCAUUUUCUACAGCAGGAAAAGAUUUCACUUUCUUACAUUCAAAAGGAACUUUUUGUAAUGUAAGUUUUAUGUAGAUUCAUCUCCAACUGAUGCAUCUUGCAUUUACAUAAAACAUGCACUUUGUUGUUGUUGCUGUGGUGAUCUCUUGACCCAAGAAAGCUAUUAAAUGCUAUUGAGUUAAUUAGGAACAAAAUCUUGUUGAUUCAAACAGCGAGGUUAUUUGUUUACCCUUCUGAGUGUAUGUCUAGCUCUCAUUCCUGCUGAUGAGAGUUAAGCUUCCACAUCAGGAGCAGAACAGACCCUUAAAUCAUUCUGUAAUCGCAUCUCGCAGAAAGGUUGAAUUCCCUUUUAAACAAUGCUUGCAAGAUGUCUGUGACACUGAGAUCCAGCAGCUCAUUCUGUCUCUCUCCGUAGCAUUGGUUUAAAGCUACUUGCAGUUUGCUUUGGACUUGAAAUUGCGGUGUCAGCUGUGCUGGCAUGAAGGCGGAGCAUUGAAAUGUUUAUCUGGCAUGAAAAUGGAUGCAUAGAAGGAACAAUUUAGGUAUUUAUUAUUUAUGUUUUAGUCAAUGACUAAUUAGUAGGUGCUGCUUUUGCAGCUUGAAGAUUAUGUUAUCUUACUAACUGAAGCUGCCUUUAUUAAGAAAAGGCCUUCCUCCCCUCAAAUCUCCCUUUCUUUUUUCUUCCUCAUUCUGACAGUCAUGAGAGCUUUAGGUUUAGGAAAGCUUGUAGCAAUGAGAGCUGGUUGAAAUAUUUCACUCAAAAUAAUGUUCCCGCUUUUCAACUGGCUCUAGAGGCAAAUGUGUUUAAAACCAGGGUUGCCAACAGGUUUAUAUAAUAGAAAUGCGGUAUUAUUACUUACUCAGUAUGUUUUUGGUUGGGUUUUGUUUUCAAUCAAACAUUCCAUCGUGAAGUUCUGAUUUUCUGGGGGCCUUCAGUCCUCCCUGAGAAAUCCAUCCAGGGCUUCAGUCACAUUGAAGUGAUGGCAACUGCACAGUCAGAGCCCUGUGGAUAAAUGGAGAACUUCACAGUUAGGGCACACCGUUAACAAUCCCACCAGUGAUUGUUCUCAGCUGGGGUCCUCACAGGCUCCUCAGUCUGUCUUGCACAUUGGCAUGUGUGUAAGGGUGCGCCCACACACACGUGUAGAUAACUUGAUUUUUAAAUUUGAUACUUUUUUAUUCUUAAACAGGAGUGUUUUUAAUUAUUUUGUUAGGAAAUUCUCAUUGUUGUUAACUAGAUGAAGCGGAAGGUGACAACAACUCAGUCUUCUGUGGCUAGAAGAAAAUCUGCCAGUCUUAUCAUUCUAAACAUAAGGCACAGAUUAGUUUGCUUUAGUUCAAAAAGGGAGAAGAACUAAGUGGUUGCUGAAGUAUCUACUUACAUUCUAUACUAGGUUUUUUUUUUAAUAUUAGUUUGUUUUCUGAAAGACAGAAAGCUCAAAGAAGUUGAGUAGCAAGCUGGCACUCCCAGUGCUGCUGUUACAGCAUCAGCUUAAAACAAGAGGUCCUGCAGUCCUUCCUCAGGCAAAGCUUUCAUGGGGUGCUGAUCCUGAGUAAGGGCUCCAGAGUCAAGUCCACAUAAAUAGCAAGGGUGACAGUACGCUAUCAGUAAAUACUGUAUGUGUUUGAAAUCCUUAAAGGCUGAGCUGCUGUGUUUGGAACAUCGUCUGGGGUGAGCGUUGAGCUUUGGACCUACACAACAGCAUCUGCUGUAGCUGCCAGUAUGUAAGCACAGACAGAGGUUCUGCAGAGAUAAAGUAUGAGUUGGAAAGUGUUAUAAUGGUGCAGUAAACCCCAUAGACACAAGACUCCUCCCAUCAGGAAUCAGAGCUUGCUCCAACCAGUGGCUGUGGUGGCUCUGAUUUGUGGCUUUUCUGGUCCUGCAGUGGCAGGCAGGCACUUGGAGCCUGGGGUGAAUAUCAUACAUUGUUAAAAGAGAAUAACUUCACAGAUCUUACAUUUGGUGAAAAGGAGAAUUCAGAGCAGGAACCCACAAUUCAUCUACAACGUGCAAGUUAUGCAUCCCCAUCUGAAUGCGCUGGUGUCAUUAUCCAAUCCUGCUGGCCAUUCCUUGCUGAAUGGGACUCCAGCUGAAAGCCAGCUUUGAUCAGAAUCCCCUUCUGUGGCAAAGGGCUGGGUUUCCAUACAUGUGCAUUUGCCCUCUGUGUGUAAUGCUUUGCUCAUUUAAAUUCUGUGCCCGCUCUGCACAGUAGCCACAGAACACUUCUGUGAUCAAUCUGAAUUACACAGGAAGGAAACGUGGCCAAAUGCAGAACAUCUACAUACACGAUUUAAUGAAUUACAUCCAAAGUCAGUCCUAGUGAUAUGCAAACCUGUUUAUAUGGUAAUGUUAAACCUUGAGGCAAAUAGAAACAGCUCAAAUGACAGCUUAUUCUUAGAGGUGUCCAAUUCUUUCUUUGCUAACGUUUGAACAUUAAGUGAUUGUAUUUAUAUUUCCAUAUUCUGAUACUCAGAGACUUUUUAGAGCUGAAAUUAUGCCUUCAUUUUUUGUGCUCUCAGCAAGCAGGGAAUUUUAACCACCCAUCCAUGAUGGCGAGUAUUAUAGAAGGAAGUCCAUCUGUAUCUCUGUUGCUCAGUCUUCAUUACCACUGAACCUAGAGAUGGAGGAGUAUACAUUUGUGAGUUACAGAUUGACUUUCCUAGACAUCAGCUUUAAUGUACAAUGCAUGUGUUGUACAACUUAAUAACGAUCCUGCAGCACCAACAGAAGGACCAACUAAUGUAUAUUCACCUUCUGUCCAUCUCCUUCAGCACUACUCACAGUACUGAUGAAGUCUCAGUCUCUUGUAUUGUAAUGACCUGAGUAGUGAGUCAGAGCUGGAAUAUUCCAGACCUGACAGAAGGGAGAGGCAAAAGACAAAGAAGGUGCUGAAACAUUGCAAAGGUUUGACACAGUUGUGCAGCAACAACACUCUGAAGAAACCGAGCACCUUCUUUUCUUUUCAAGCCUGAGAAAUGCUGAUACCAUGAGAUCUUAGUUUUGACUUCCCAGAUAAAACACAAUCCAGAUUUUAAUUGUGGUCAGACAACGAGGACCAACUUUUGUUGAUUUCCGUAGUUCCCUUCUUUCAUCACAGCUGUCAGAUCGCUGCCAGCUUGCUGCUGGCUAUCACACCCUCCUCAUUUUCCCAGUUCCCAGGGCUUCGGGAGUUGGCCAGAUGGAACCUUGGCCAACUCCAUUGCUUUCGGUUGGGCAGGAAGUUUUGUUCUCUUGUGAGCCAAAUCCCUUAGGCUUCAUCAAAACCGCUAGUUGUAAAUCAGAAAAGUGUGCUUUUCAGAGCGGCCUUCAGUCAGUCACUACUAAUAUAUGUGGAGGAAUCUGAAAAAAUAACAGCAAGUACCUUUUCCUGAUUCUUGGGGCACGGGUAUUUAAGAUAUGUAACGGUGGGUUUGGUUAUUUCAUCAGCAGGGACUGACCUGGUAGAAAGCAGUUAGGCACUGUCCCACUGUCCUUAGCUUCAGUCUGGCAGUGAGAAGAUAAUGAUCUCCAUGUGCUUUUAUUUGAUCUAUUCAAGGCCUCCAAGAUAGUUUUAAGGAUUCUUAGGACAUUGCAUUAAACCCAUAUUCAAUGGCAAUUGAAAGCACUGGCUGAUGUCCAUGAGCAGAGUAGCAGCCAGCUGGCGCUGGAGGGGGUAAGACGUGGUCCUUUGGGGCCCAACAGCAGUUCCUGGGACAGGAGGCCCAGCCACACAGGGUGGCCACUGCUGCAAGCACAGAGAAGCAAAAACAGUGUGUAAGAGGGCAGCCAGGAUGCUGUAGACAACAUGGCACAUCAUAGAGCCUUAGCAAGUGUGGGAAGGACUGUAUUGGGAAACACCUUUCUUCCUGUAUACUAUUCAAGAGCUCCCUUUAAAGGUGCUGCAUGGAAGAGGCUGACUUUUGAAGGCCUUCAGCAUCACCACCACUGUGAGGAAAGGAGGAAUCAGGCUGAGAGCACUGAAAAUUGAGGCAACAAGAUCUUACAGCCCACAUCACCCAGGACCACAGCAGCAUUAGGAUUCCUGCAGUCAAGCAAUUAACCCUCACAAUGUGAGGCUGCAGGUACUGUGUUGAUUUUGCUCCUUUGUUCUUCCAGUAGCUCACAGAUCACUCUGCUCUUCGCUUCUGCCUUGGUUACCUUCUUUUGCUCAUGGUGCUAUCACAGCUGCUACCUCACUGUGUCUGCAAAUACGUUUACCUGAUAACAACAAAAAAAGGUACCAGAAAUCUCCUUGAACUGAAUGUACAAUCUAUGCAAAUUCUCUUUCUACUUUGUUAAAACCUAGAAGUAUUACUUGUAACCUUGCCAAAUAAACAGCAAGAUACUGUACAGGUGCCUCUGAUAACAGAGUGACAAUUCUAGGCGCGGUUCAUUGCGCUGCAUUUGUAUAUUAUAAUGACUUUGCUUGUCUUUGGUUCUGUUGUAAUUAACACCCUCAACCGAGAAGAUAGUAAUCUCUUGCUAGGGGAGCACCUUCAGUUUGCUGGGAAUAUUCUGCAGGAUGACUGUGGCAUUUAUUUUCCUACUUAUAUCCAAAAGAAAGCACAGAUCUGUUGGCCAGAAUUAGGGCGGUGGUUCAGAUUUUCCAUGGGUAAAACCUGUUGGCUUUGAAUUGCUCAGUGUCUGUUCCCAUUGUGGUGUUCAGUGUGUGUUGCCCCUCAAAGAAAGCCUUACUUUUUCAUCCUUUCUAAAUGUGGCCUUAAACUGUGUUAGAAAGUUAGGUGUUGUCUGUUCGUUGUGGAAGGAAUAAAAGGCACCUUGAGGUUUCUAUUACAGCUCAGUUGUGUUGCUGUCAGCUUACACUUCACAAAUACAAUAGAAAUUGCUUACAAAUGCAGUCUUUAAGGGAAGAAAAUGACCUUCCCUUCGGGCAAAGGAAGGCUCAGACGUUCAUAUAAACCUUAGGAAAUUAUGAGCUCUGUCUUUUGCAACUUACUGUAGAUAAGGAAGGUUGAUUUAAUUACCUACAAAGUGCAGACGUAAUAGCUUUUUAUUUAUCUCCAGACUGUAACAAGACAGACUCUGCUCUCAGAUGCAUGAGACAAAUACUGAAGCAAUGUCACUCAUUUUGGUGGAACACAGUAGGAUUCGUGUCAGAUUUGUACUCAUAACUGGGAGAAGAUACAUCCUCCUAAUGGUACAGUCUUAAAAUCUGAAGAACCUCACCACUAGGGGCCAGAUUUUGAGUAAUGGUUGGGAAUCUAAGAGUGGGCAUAGAAGACAGAGGAGUCUGGCUGUACGAUCAAAGUUUCAAAUGCACUUCAAAAAAUCUGGCCUCUGGAGCUUUAUCCAAAGGUUGUCCAAGUCUGCAGAAGACAAGAACUUCUGCUAAGGCUUGGGUACAUUGGGCUUCAUUGCUCCUUUUCUCCAAGGAGAACUGUCAUGUUUCAGCAGCACCAAUAUUCCCGGCAGGCUGCAGUGCUUUUAGGGAUCCCGUAUCCUACCCUGUUUCAGUAUUCUGAUGCGUUUACAACCCAAAGGCAACUGAGAAGGGUUUACAUAGCAAGCAAGAAUUGUGAAACAAAAAGAACUGAUUUGAGUUAAAGAAGUUAUUUUUCUGACUUUGUUAUUUUGGUUUUGUUUGGGGUUGAUUGGAUUUUUGUAUUGUCUAACAUAGUCCAUAAUAAGUUAUUCCUACUCUGUCAUUUUCAAAGACUGGUGGUAAUAUAGUUUUAAGAAAUAACUAUUUUGUUACAGAUCAUAAUAUGCAUAAAGCUGUACAGAAAUAUUUUGUAAGCUAUUGAAUAGGGAGAAAAAAAA